AUGGACUCCGCAGAACUUGUUGAUACGGAUGACGAGACUGGGGACCCAGAAUGCAACUCCGGCGACUCCCUAGAGUAUAGUUUUGCUCCUCAUAAACGUUCUUCUUGUCAUGACGGUAGAACGAGAAAACUUCAUCUACAAAAGCGUGCUAAAAAUAACGGGAAACGAAGUUUAAGGAAACGAAUUUCUGCUCAUACAAGGCAACGUUCGCACCAAUUUCGUGACACAAAGCGUCAUACUAUCAACGCUUCUGGGGUGGAAUACGGUGCUUCUGAACCCCAGUCUCCCAUCGGGCGAAGCCAAUUUGAGUCGAAUCAUGAAUUUGAGUGCACAUCAACUCCUUUGACCAAAUCCUCCGAAGAUGCCUCUAACAGACUUGCAGCUCCAGUAACCGCAAUUGCAAGCACCGCGAUCCAGGUUGAUAGCCAAACUAACCUGGGUUGCUUGCAAAUUGUGACCUCACCUAAGAAUCAGACUUCCAGAGAUGGGGACCAUUCAACGACAAAACAACCAGAGGAUUUCGUCAAGACGCCAGUUCACACAGACCCACACAAGCGCGCCCGCAAGUUUCUGUAUCACUUGGCCCCCCUAUUGAAAAUGACUCUGCCGUCCCGUAUAGAACGUAAACGAACCCAGAUUGUGUUCGACGCUCAUUCGCGACCAGACCGUAUUACUGGAAGCGGCGUCCGUUCCAGCUUUUGUGAGAGGCAGUGGACAAAGCACGGCCUUUAUCUACAACACUGCCUGACCUUCGUAGACAGCGACCCGAACAGUCCUUCACCCCUGCUUGGUCACACCGGGUCGAGCCGUAUCGCAAUGAAUGCAGACUUGUAUGUCCAACGCUUGUGGCGUGAGCUACAGCUACGCAUCCAUGGCAGCUCGGUGACUAACAUGCUCGAUCUCAGAAUACCGCAAACCAAGACGUUGAUCCAUGAAAUCGCUGCGUUCUCUUUGCGAUCACCAUCUAGAAGUUUCAGACGUCGCUCAGCCGUAUCGCAGGAAAGUCGACGCACGUUGGAAGGCUACUGGGAGUAUGUGAUGCUCGCAAAUGUUUCGGUCUCACAGCUACUAACUCGGGUGGAGCAGGUGGAACAGGCUUGGAGUUCAGAGGCUCGUUUCGUCUACAAUGUGAUCGACUGGGCUUUACCAGAGGUGAAGUCCCGUCUCACUUAUUUGAAUCAGUGGAGCAGUCGCUUGGCCAUUUUGUUACGCGGUUUGGGACAGGUAUGCGCCUUUCUACAUCAGUCUUAUACCUCUCCAUGUCCUGUACACAAGGAUCCAAGAACGUUCAGAGUUCCAGUUCCGAGUUUGACCUCUUGUCCUUUGUAUGCCGGUGGACCUAGCGAACAGCUCAAACAAUUGUAUGACCAUUUCCUCCGUCACUCUUGGCACUUGCCUCCAGUCAUUGAGUCCAGCAGCUCGUAUACUGAGCGCCAUCCACAGCAGGGGAUUCACCCGGUUGUUGCGGUUCACGAGCCUGUGACAACUUGUGGGACCUUCUCUGUUGCCUUGCUUCGUCUGGAUCGCCUGACGCAACGUAUCCUUGCGGAAGUGAACGGUGGAAGUCAAUUUUUCGAUCCUCCUGAACUCAAUAGGAAACGCGACCGAAGCGCACAGCGUCACCCGCAUUCCAGCAGUGCUCAUUUAUCUACCGCGUGUACGCAAACCGAACCUCUGCAGCCCGUUACUGCAGCCAACCCAUCGAUGAAGGAUCCGCAGGACCAUGCUGAUGUUCGUCUUUCACCGACCGCGACCACUCCACUUUCAUCUCCGGCAUCGCACGCUCGGACCGAUUUGAUGACUCCUCUUUCGAGGUGUACUUGUUCCCGCUCUCCUGCCACCUGUUCGGAGCACGGACGCAGGACGGCUGUGAAUGCAUGGCUGCGCAACUUACUACGAAAACAUGCUCCUUCUCGAGCCCAGUCUUAUGCUUCAGUCGUCAAGCGUCAAUCCUGGUGUGGCCUCCUGUCAGUUGUUGCUGAUCCCCUCUCAGUGCGACGCUCCCCGGACUGUCCUCCUACUGGAGUCAUUGAGUCGAACCUCUUUGUUGAUCGACCUCCGGUCAACUGGGAGAUUUGCUCCCCCACUCAAUCUCCAUCUUCACUUGCGUACUCUUCAUUUUCCUCCUCCAGUUCACCUACCCCUCCAUCAAUGAGACUGUCCGCCGGUGAUGCGUCCACAUCCUCUUCCGAGUUCGGCUCACACCAUGAUUCCGAUAGUUCUUCGAGCUCUUCCCCAAGUUCCAUACUCCAAGUCCCCUACUCUGCUAUCGCCUCCACCUCUGCAUCAGAUCUCUCCUGUACUUCGUUGUUGUCUGUGGACUUACGAGAUUAUUGGUCACUCUCGAAUUUAACUGAAGCGGAGUUCCACUGGCUAGACUCCACCUCCAUGCUCUCCGAACACGACGAUAGCCUCAGAAUGUUUCUACCCACGUUGGUACCGUUAUGGUUGUGUCUGGCACGAAUUCCCUUCGAUGUCACCCGCGCCGCUGUCGCACUUAAGCUGCAACAAUACACCGAUCGUGUGAGCACCAAUUCCCAACCGAAUCCUCUCAACCUCGCCCACCUGGUGAUGGAACUGCGCGAAUUGCUCAAUGCAUCUGUUGAAAUCGUCCUUGAGUACCGCAAAAGGCUCCUUACCGCCACCAAACUGAACACUGCUGCUCAGCCACGUGUCGCUUUCCGAUGGUUCAAUCGACACGGCUCAUUCCUAGACACACAGCAGUUGCUCGAAAGUGACUCAGCUCCUGACGUGACCACGCAUGCAGACGAAGUGCGCACUGAGAUCCACACCAAUUCACAACGGGAAAAGCCAGCUGUUUCACGCCCCAGAUGGUUCUGCAAAGCGACUGGACAAGCGCGGCAGUUCCUCGACGGUUCCGCGUUGGACUCUUUGUUCAAUGUGCCACAGCUGUUGGAGACCUAUGUGGACUGCUUCAUUCGCCUGCUUACUGUCAAACGGAGUGCUGGAGAUGGAACUGCAAGUGAGUUGCGAAGUCAAGUGCAGGAAGAGUGGGACUUUCUGCGCCGCAUUUAUCGCAAACUACAUCGGUGUCGUGGUGGCUUGCACUAUGCCGUUUUAUCCAACUCCCACACUACACUGGCGAGUCAAACUGGACUCCGGUCAGCCGAAUCUGCUUUCGUUCGUGGAGUACGACGCUUCACAUGCUUUCUGGCGGAGUAUUUAAGCCCUCUGAUUGGGGACUCAAUCCCAUCGGCAAUGACAGCAACUUCUAACCCGCUAAGGCCCAACAGAUCAACGAAUUCCGUGACGGACGGAUGGGUCACAGCGAUUGAUUCACCAGAGUCUACGGAGAACCACACAUCACCUUUGUCGAACUAUGAUGGCCUCGAGAAAGAGCCUACCGAUCUUGCAGAGCAAGCCACUUGGGGCUCUGCUCAUUCUUCGAUAAAAUCCGCCAGCGCUGGUGGUAGAGUUGAAUGUUAUCAAGAAUUCAGCGAGAUGUGGCGUGAAAAACGUUCCUGGUUAAACUGUUUGCUCGACCUCACCGGUUUGCUCUGUGCUGACUUGGAUACCGCGGCGCUGCUUUACUUUGGAUUCCGUGUGAAACCCCGCGCGUCCACUGAUGAGCACCAGAAAGAAGUUGGUAUCAUUCGGCGAAUGCGUGCCCAACGAAAACUGGUACGCGAGCUUCGACAGACGGGCCACGUACUUUUGUACUCGUGGGAUCACGAGUCCUCCACCGAACGCGAAGUAUCUUAUGAUUGUGGAUGUAUUUUUAUCCUCAGCCCUGUUCUGCAACCGAAAACGCUGUACGAAGCACUACCAAACGCGCAACCCUCGACUCUUCGUUCUCCAGAUCGAGUGGCCGGUGACAACCUGAAGCACGCCGACACUAAAUGCCGUGGCCUUGUCAUCCCUUCCACGGAGGAGCGCCGCGCCGUGCGCAAACACGUGUCCAGUUUUGUACAUCGUAUGUCCAACCAGCUAAUCUUCAAGCCGCGCAAGCCGCAUACGUGCUCCUUCAGUUACGACCAGGACAGUCCAACCGACGUGAUGCAACCACGCUGGUCCACAUCGCAUACAGACCGACCGUGUCAAACGGGAUCCACCUUGGAAGCCCGAUACUCUCAGGGUGCGGAUGUGAGGCAGUACAGAUCGCUGGAGCAUGCGCACGCGGAAUACCUGCUAGUGUGCCCAGCUGUUUCGCCAAAAAUUUGGGAUGGACUAUCUUACAAUUUCGGCCGCUCAGCCAACGUCAUCCGGACAAACACUGGCCGUCGCAUGUGGUUCGGCUUGCGGUGGAUCGAGGUCAUGUGUUUCCACUCGUCACGCAAGCACUUCGAGGAUGAGUCCGAUGGUCCGAUUUUGAUACCCUGUUGGCUGUUGGCUGAUCGUCUACACUCGGCCUGGACAUCUAUCCGAGAAUCGAGCGUCCGUCUUCGACGAUUCUUAUCAGUCGGCAUCUCCAGCACUCUACCGGGAGGUUUACACGACCCGGCAUUCAGUUCCACCUCGCCGACUAUGCUACACGCCGCGCUCCAACUUGCUCCCAUUCAACCAACACUGAACGCCUCUGUGACAAUGUUGCGCAAGAGCCUGUGUGAUCUGGCUGCGCAGUUACAGGGCUCCCUUUUAGUGAUGGAGUCUCAUCUGCGUUCUUACGACAGCACCAUGAUACCAGAAUUGAACACCUCUCCGUUGACUGAUCCGCUUCAUUCUGCUUUCAGGGGCCUCCGUCCGGCUUCGUGUUCCCCUAGGACUACCGUCUCUGCUUCCAGGGCGUCCAGCGCACAGCAUCCGCUUAUCUCCGACACUGUGCAGCGAGCCUACUCGGUAGUGUUUGCUUUUUACAAAACUCUGAUGCGCCUAAUGCUCACUGCUCCUACCCGAGCUGCUAUUCUCUUCGAUGAUGAGGGAACCUCUGUGGACCCUUCAGUCUCCAUCCAGACGCGUUUGAUCAGCUUGGGUGUGCAGCUGUUGAUCAAUUGGUCUGAUUUUGUAACCGUUACAUAUCCAAGAGGACGUGGACGCAUUCCCCGCUGGGCGAACGACGCGUGUCACUUUGCUUAUCAGUUGUGCCAAGGAAGGUCUGUCAGAUUUUUGGAUGUCAAAACUGUAUCAUCUUUGGAGGCUACUCUGAACUAUUUCAUCCCCUAUCUCGUCGGUGAAGAGGGACCGCAAGAAACACGGGCAUCCCCUACAUCUCCCAGUCUUGCCGCCAGUGCGUUGGCUCAUCAUGCUGUGUACACUCGACAUUGUUCUAGCUUCGCAGGUCGGGCUGCUGUUACAGAACCAGCUAGGAGAUUUCGUCGGGUGCAUAGCUUACACGGCUCAUCGUACAGCAGGCGUCCAAUGUGCCUGACAGAUCCCAGGCAGAUGUCUGCCCGAAUGUGGAGACUGCCCCGUCAGGUUGAUGCUUUGCACGUUUCAGAAGCCUCGGCCCAUCAGCCUCGAGCUUCAACUAGAACAAAGUCGAUUGCACAACUUGAAGCUAACCGAGACGCACGGUUGCGCCGAUCCGGAAUGAUUGGCCGCUCCCUAGCCUCUCAGGAGACUUCGGAAACCAAGGAGCCUACCAACCAAGGCACAAAUGCGUCCCACCAUGUGGAAGAGGCCGGGGACUCGAUGAAACCCGAACCGUUACAAGUAACUUUGGGUCAGCGUCACUUUCCCUUUACUUGGAAUAGAGGCCGGCUGAUUGGCCGCGGCGUAACAGGCAAGGUGUUCCAAGCCUACAAUUUGCAAACACAAGAAAUGAUGGCUGUGAAGGAAGUCUUGUACGAUUACGCUUGGGAAUCUAAAGGUAUCAUGGUGGAUGAUGGCAAACACCGCGAUGCUAUGGAGCGUUUGAACGCAUUUCGUCGCGAAUGCGAUCUGCUGGGCAGUCUGUCCCACCCUGCUUUGGUCCGCUUCCUAGGCGCAGACGAACGGACACCCAAAGUGCUUCGUCUGUUUACCGAGUUGUGCAACGCCGGAACUUUGGCUGACAUUGCCAGGGAGCAUCCGUCCGAAGCCCUCGUACGUCGAUAUGCUCGGGACUUGGCACGAGCGAUCGCGUACCUGCACGAGCGCGGCAUUGUACAUCGAGAUAUUAAACCGGCCAAUAUAUUCCUCGUGGGUCCCGCAAAGUGUGCUGCCGACUCGACGUCAUCUAGUCCGCUUCGUCACGGACCUAAUCCUUAUUCCUCCCCUGGAUCACCUGCCCACGGACAGUGCCUAUUGAAGCUGGGCGAUUUCAGUCACUCACUGCGGCUUCACUCCCUCUCAAGCACCGCUCGGGGAGCCGCCGGCACCGUCUGUUACAUGGCGCCGGAGGUCUGUCGUGACUUGGAAUCGGGUUAUGGUCGACCUUGUGAUAUUUGGUCCUUUUGCUGUGUGCUGUUGGAGCUACUCACCGGCAAACCGCCAUGGCAUGAGGUGGCCGAUGUGUACGCAGUCUUUUUCAAACUCUGUCACAACCAAUUGCCCACUCUACCGACAGUCUUUCCCCAAGCAUUGCAAUAUUCUCGUUCGCCCGCUUCCGCCUCCUCCUCCACUACAACCGAGCCAACGUAUGCUAGCAAGGAAGCCGUGGCUCUACUCCAAGCUGGUAUCACAGCCGAUCCGGACGAACGUCCGACCGCGACGGAUCUCUUCCAAUUCGACUUUAUCCAAUGUCCGGUGUCUAACACUACGGACCAGUGA